AUGACGGACGCGACAGCGCCGGCCCGGCGCAACGGCGCCGCGAAGACGGCCGGCAAGAGCGGCACCCGAAAGACCACCGCCCCGGGCCAGGCCGUCCACGGGGUCGCCCAGCCCAGCGCCAUCGCCGCCGCGCCGCCGCCCCGGCCCGUCUUUCCCUUUCCCGCCAUCGUCGGCCAGGAGGAGAUGAAGCAGGCGCUGCUGAUCGCCGCCGUCGACCCCGGCAUCGGCGGCGUGCUGGUGUUCGGCGACCGCGGCACCGGCAAGUCCACCACGAUCCGCGCCCUGGCCGCGCUGCUGCCGCCGCAGCCGGUGAUCGUCGGCUGCCCCUACGGCUGCGCGCCGGAGGCGCCGCAGGGUCUCUGCCAGGCCUGCGCGCCCGACCACGAAGGCCACAAGCCGAAGACCGCGCGGGUGCCGGUGUCGGUGGUCGACCUGCCGCUGGGGGUGACCGAGGACCGGGUGGUCGGCGCCCUCGACCUGGAAAAGGCCCUGGCCCACGGCGAGAAGUCCUUCGAGCCGGGCCUGCUGGCGCGCGCCAACCGCGGCUUCCUCUACAUCGACGAGGUCAACCUGCUGGAGGACCACAUCGUCGACCUGCUGCUCGACGUCGCCGCCUCGGGCGAGAACCUGGUCGAGCGCGAGGGGCUGAGCGUGCGCCAUCCGGCCCGCUUCGUGCUGGUCGGCUCCGGCAACCCGGAGGAGGGCGAGCUGCGCCCGCAGCUGCUCGACCGCUUCGGCCUCUCGGUCGAGGUCGGCACGCCGGAGGAUCUGGAAACCCGCAUCGAGGUGGUGCGCCGGCGCGACGCCUUCGAGCGCGACCCGGCCGGCUUCGCCGAGACCUGGGCCAAGGAGAGCGACAAGCUGCGCCGGCGACUGGUCGCCGCGCGCCGCAAGCUGGCCGAGGUCGCGGUGCCGGAGACCGCCUACCGCCGCGCCGCCACGCUGUGCAUGGCGCUGGGCACCGACGGCCUGCGCGGCGAGCUGGUGCUGGUGCGCGCCGCCCGCGCCCUGGCCGCCCUGGAGGGCAAGCGCGAGGUGGGCGACGCGCAGCUUCGCCGCAUCGCCCCCUCGGCCCUGCGCCACCGCCUGCGCCGCGACCCGUUGGACGAGGCCGGCUCGGGCGUGCGGGUCGACCGCGCCCUGGAGGAGCGACCGGCCCAGACGCGCGGCGACGCCGAGGCGGACGCCGCCGCGGCGGCGGUCUGGCUCAACGCCGGCCUGGCCGCCGCGCUCUUCGCCGUCGACCCGGCCGGCACCGGCGGCAUCCGCCUGCGCGCGCCGGUCGGCCCGCCGCGCGAACGCUGGCUGGCGCUGCUCAAGCAGCUCCUGCCCGCCGCGCUGCCGCUGCGCCGGGUCCCGGCCGGCGUCGGCGACGACCGCCUGCUCGGCGGGCUCGACCUGGCGGCCACCCUGCGCCGGGGCCGGCCGGUCGCCCAGACGGGGCUGCUGGCCGAGGCCGACGGCGGCGUGCUGCUGCUGGCCAUGGCCGAGCGGCUGUCGCCGGCCGCCGCCGGGCGGAUCGCGGCCGCGCUCGACAGCGGCGCGGUGACGCUGGAGCGCGACGGCCUGACGGCCCGCCUGCCGGCCCGGGUCGGCGUGGUGGCCGAGGACGAGGGCCUGGAGGAGGAGGCGCCGCCCGCCGUGCUGUGCGAGCGGCUGGGCUUCUGCCUCGACCUCUCGGGACUGGCGCUGCGCGAUCUGGUCGCGCUGCCUCUGGAGCCCGAGACCGUCGCCGCCGCCCGCGCGCUGCUGCCCCGGGUGCAGGCCGAAGAGGCCGUGCUGCGCGCGCUCUGCGCCGGCGCGGCGGCGCUCGGCAUCGCCUCCCUGCGCGCGCCGCUGCAGGCCCUGCACGCGGCCCGCGCCGCCGCCGCCCUGGACGGCCGCCGCCAGGUCGGCGAGGACGAC